UGAUAAUCUCGCUAACCAUUGCCACCCUCUCCCCGUAUUUCCUCCUUGUAUAAUACUUUCUAUCACGCCUGUUUCCAUCCUCUCAAUGUUUGACAUUCCCGAGCUACUUGACAGAGUCCUUUCGCUACUCUCAAUGCAAGACUUGGCACGCUGUACCCUGGUGAACAAGCAAUGGUAUGAUGCUGCGAUUCCGUAUCUGUGGCAUACCAUCCCUCCUCUAUGGCCUGCUCUAUGGUCCAAAAGUUCCUUCCAAGAAAUAGUCCUGGGAGAUUAUAUGCAAGCACAAAGGCACCAAGAACAUCCAUGGCCAAAGCGAGAUUUGUUCAAAAGCGGAGUUAACGCUGGACGGAAGGUUCCUGCGCGUCAGUCAAGUCUUUCCAAGUAUGGUCCGUGGAUCAGAAACCUCUCCGGUCCUCAAUUUCUCUUCAAGGAGCUAAAGAGUACGAAAACGAUGCCUGGUCAGAAGGAGCUUCUUUCCCACUUUCUGAAGCACUGUGUCGGUGUCAGGGUGCUCUCUCUCAAUAUUGACUGGGAUGAGCGUGAUCGCUUCAACUGCCUCCACAAGGUUGUUGCCGACAGUAUCGCCCCGAAUCUACGAGAGCUCCGUUUGUGUGUUAGCUCAUCAUCUAUAAUGGACUCAAGAUGGUGUCUCUACAUCAUGUCUCAAUGCUCGUCUCGGUUAGAAAAGCUAGUAAUCAGGAACGCUGAAAAGUCAUACUACCUGGGCCAUAUUGAUCCAGACAGGCUACCCGUUGCAACUGGAACGCUUUGCGGACUCAAGGAGCUUGUACUCGACCAUUGUUGGUACAAGGAGGAUGCAUCAAGCUGGGAUUGGUUCUGGAGGAGCUGUGGCAAUGUUGAGAGACUGGAGCUCGGGAAGUGGAGUCGUCUUCUCAUGGACGACAUGGAAGCCCGUAUAAGAGACUACCUUCCUAACGUUGAUAGCAUCGUUUUCAAAGAUAAGAGGAAUAGUCAGGCUAUCGCCCCUCUGCUUUCCGCUUGCACUAGGGGUUGGAAGAACGUUCGAACAGAUGUUUCGUUGGAUCCACUCGCCUGUGCUGCCUUGAUUAAACACUGUGACACACUGGAAACAGUUCAAGUGACGAAUCUUUUGAAGUCUUCCAGCAGAACUUUGCGCCACAUCCUAUCCUCCAGUCCAAGACUCCAGGUCAUGACCACCACCGAUGACAGGUGGUAUUACCAACGCCGGUUCCCAUUCCUCAAGGCCCAGGAUUUUGUCGAUAUGCGCCACGACUCAGGAAUUUUGACUCCAUGGGCAAGCGAGACGUCCCUCAAGGUUCUCAAGACUAAAAUCACCUGCACUCCGAGGCCAGAUGUCACCGAGCUGUUGGAUGGACGACAGCGCAUUGGUUUUCCUCCAGGAUUCCAUAUCCAACAUGUUCAACAACGGGUCUACGAACGUCUUGCAAGGUUCAUAAACCUGGAAGAGUUGAUUUUAGGACAUGGCACAAUGGUAAAAGCAAGAUAUGGUACUCACUAUGAUAACUACCGCGAGGAUUAUCAAUAUGAGUGUCUCGAGAUGACCCUUGAAAGCGGACUGGCUCAGCUAAAGAGAUUGAAGAACCUCCGAGUGUUGGAUGUUCAAAUGAUGGCUCAGCGGAUCGGUCUCAAGGAGGUGCAGUGGAUGACUCAGAACUGGCCGAAGCUGCAAGUAAUCCAAGGUCUUCACGAUGAUGGCGACAACCUCAAGGCAGCCGAAUGGCUGUGGAAACACUCUCCUAUGAUUACAGUGGAGGUGUCGUCCAGGGCUUCUAUUGCGCGACAAUUCUGAAUGAUAUAUCGAAGGAACAGCUCUAUAGUCGAGUGACACUAAAGCCAUCGAAAGAAAUAUAUGUCUUAUGAACUGCAUUGUUGGUGAUAGCAUUGAUCCUAGUAUAGUCAUUGAUAUAAAGCAC